UCGCCUCGCCCUCGCCGAUUACCAGUUCACCACGCCCGCGCGCACACGGAGACCGAGGCCGCGAAAACCCUAGCGCCUUCGUCUACCUCCAGCUCGUCGCGCGCGGCGGAUGGUGAUGAGCUCGCGCUCCCUCAGGGCUCGCGACUAGGGUUCUCUUCUCACUCCAUCGCUAGCGGCGGCUCAGAUUGGGAGGUAUUCCGGUGUUUUUUUGGUGCUAAAUUUUGCCCCCCGUAUUGGUGUUUUGCAGGUGACGCGACGCUGCGAUUGAGGUCGGCGCCGGUGGCCGUGGAUCGCGGCGCGAUGGAGCUGGAGGGGGAUCCGAGGCUGGUCGGCGUUGCGUUGGGGGAGUACUUGACGGAUGGGGAGGAGGUGAUGGUGGUGGGAGGGGCGGGGGAGGUGGCCGUGGCGGCCCGUGUGGUGAAGGUGGAUGGGGGGAAGGUUGUGGUGGCCAUGGAUGAGGAUGCCGCUGCAGGAGGUGGCGUCGGAGUCGGAGUGGUGAGCGAUUUGCUGUACGCGACGGGAUCGGCGGCAGUGGGUGAAGGAUACGGGGGUGAGUGUACUGACAACAUGCAGGAGCUGCUGGAUGGAGGUGGUGCAGAGGAGAGGAUGUUGGGAGUGGAACUCGGUGGCUUUCGUGGUGAGGCAGGGUGGACGCUUAUGCCGGUAGGAGAUGCUGCUAUAGAGACUUCAGAGGAAAUGUCUGAUCCUGUCACACUGCAAUACUCUGAAACAGGGCUCACAGGGGAUGAUCAGCGUGCCAAAUACCGCCUCCCUCCUCUUGACGGAUAUGGUUUUCGAGCAUCUGGUCUUGUGUGGAGUAAAUUGAAAGGUCAUCCUUGGUGGCCUGGUGAGAUAUUUGAUACUUCAGAUGCAUCUGAGUUGGCACUGAAACACCAGAAGAAGAAGGGCAGUCAUUUGGUAGCAUAUUUCGGUAGCAAUACUUUUGCAUGGUGUGAUGAAUCCCAGUUGAAGCCUUUCAUGUCAAACUAUUCUCAAAUGGCGAAUCAGAGCAAUUCUGAUGCCUUCAUUAGUUCAGUUAACCUUGCUCUUGAAGAAAUCUCAAGGCGGAUAUUGUCAGGGAUGUGUUGCUUUUGUCUUCCAGAAGAUCUCUCUGACAAUUGCAUGUCUUACAUGGUUGAGAAUUCUGGGCUCAGGGAUGGAGUUACUUGCUCUAAAGUUACACGGUCAGAGAUCUUGGAAUGUUUCAAUGCAGAAAAUUUUCUAAGUUAUCUCAGGUCAUUGGCUCUGUUCCCUGGUCAAGGAGGUGAGCUGCUGGAUUUAGUGAUAGCAUGCUCUCAACUUACAUCUUUCUUUCAAUCUAAGGGAUGCCAUGAACUUGCAUCAUUUGGAAGUGGCAGUGAGUUGGUUGAUGAUGGCAUGGACUCUUCUUCCACCAAGAAUGUCUUGUUGCCAGAAGCUGUCACCUAUGAACAGAAACCUAGUGAAGGUAAGCCCAAAAGACGUAGGAUAAAAACUUGUGUUAAAAAACCUCAGAAUGAUUUAGAGUUGACAGAGGAAAAUCCCAUAUCCAGUUUGAACAAUGAGUGCACUUUUGUUGAUUGCAUGGGCUUGAACAUCAUUGGGAAAGUUAAAGGGAAGAGAAGUGAAAAGAGGAGAAAAUAUGUGCCUUCUCCUGAGGUACAUACAACUGAUCAUGGGCAGGACGACUCCUGGUCUGGAUUCUGUUUAAACAAUGAUCCAACUGAUACCCUCGGGGAAGCAAGUGCCAAAAUGAGGCCAAGACGUAAGCAGAGAUCAUCGAAAGAAACAUGUGCACCUUCAUCAGAUCUCUCUUCCCAUGUACCACCUCUGCAACUUGGAUUGCUUGGUCCUAAGAAACAGAUACAACUGAUAGAAAGAUAAAUUAUCCAUGCCGAUGAACAGAGAAUUGAUGAGAUCAUGCCCUCCGCACUUGUUUUGAGUUUUGGCAGAUCAGCUGCUCUUCCCUCAAAAUUGGAUCUUAUUAGGUUGUUCAGUCGCUAUGGACCUCUGAAAGAAAAUGAGACUGAAGUUCACCAGAACACGAAUACUGUUAAAGUUGCCUUCAAGAGACGUUUUGAUGCUGCAAACGCUUUCAGUGUUGUUGGCAAGUAUAGCUAUUUUGGACCUUCGCUUUGUAGUUUUCGGCUUGUAAAUUUGCCAUUUUCCCUAUCCAAGUUAAGCCCUGAAGAUCCUGGCACGGAGGUUCCUGCUUGUAGGGAGUCUGGAGUGGAUAUUGUGCAUGUUGGCAUCAUCAGCAAAGUUGAUAAAGCUCAAAAUCUGUAGAGAAAGCAUCAGCGUUUGAUAUGGUCGAUCCAGCAGGGCGAGCUAACAAAAUUGUAGGUGAGGGCACGGCUGAAGAAUCAGAUGAGAAAAUCAGUUAGCUUUUCUUCCAUUAAAACUUGUUUAUAUUCAGGUUUGUCUGCUAGAUGAAAGUGUUGUCUCAUCCGGGUGAUGCAUUUUGUAUAGAAAACGGGAAUCCGACACUAGUAUUAAAAUGUUAGUCUUCAGUAACUAGAGCAUGUAUAUAGUCAUGCUUUUUCUGUACAAACUUAAGGUAAACCACUGUCCGUUUAUGGCAAUUAGAUAUCCUUCUGACCAUAUUAAGAUUAAAUCAAGUAGGGGAACCCUUGGUUGUUUACACUAUUCAUGAUCAGCUUUGGGAGCUUUUGGGCAAGCUACUGAGAUGUAACUUGUGUUACUUGUCGUCUAUGAUAAGAGAAUGCACUGUCUAA